UAAUCAAGAGUGAUAGAGCUACAACUGCUCUUUCCACAAUGGCACUUCCCCUGUCUGAGGUUACUGUUCAGAUUGAUACUAUUGAAGUGGUUGGCCCAGCAACCAUUGGUUUCCUGGCCCGGCCAGAAACAUCAACUCCAAUUCUUAACGCACAUGUCGGUAGAAUCAUCGGAAAUGCCCAGUCUUUAGUCAGGGUUGAUGAACAUAUAACACUGUUCUGGGGAACGAGGGUCGGUUACGUUAACUUGCUCAGAAUCAACACAAAUGUCUAUGUGAAACACAAUGGGAAACUUGAUCUUCCAAAAACUGUUAUCAUUGACAAAGGCUGGUCUGUAGACGUUUGCGGAACAAUCACUUCCAAUGUGAAUGAGAUGAUAGUCAGAGAGAAGGGUGCACUUAAAAUGUCACAUCCAGCCUCAGACUUACAGAUUAACACCCUUGUGAUCGACUAUGAAGGUAGAUUAGAGGAAACUAAGUAUUGCGGUUCGCUCAAUGAAAAAGUCACACUUCAAUUAACUCAUUUUAAUAGAACACCAGACUUCAAUCUUGAUACAGACAAAUUUGUACUGAGUGCAUCUUUUGUAGGCAAUGUUUCUAUGAUCGGAGUAAUGGGAAAUGAAACUGAAUGUCCAUUAAAUGGGUCAAUAUACCUGGAGAGGGGUCAGUAUUGCACUCUGCCACCAGGGGAACAUACCUACACUUCCAUUACAAUCAGUCCAGGAGCAAAACUUAAACUUGAUGGACGGGACUCAAAAGAAUCACCUACUACUAUUAAAGCAGAUAAUGUAUUUAUCAGUUUUGAUGGUGUAAUAACAGGGGUUGGUAAGGGUUACCAAGCAAAUGGUCCAGGUUCUCCAUUGAUGGCAGGUCAAGGUGCAACUCAUGCUGGAAAAGGUGUUGGAAAUACCAAAAAUACCUAUGGUAAUAUGAAGUCACCUACAGAAUACGGAAGUAAUGGUCAUGGAGCAACACUGUCAUCGGGACGUGGUGGGGGACAGGUUAAGAUAGUGGCGACAGAUACUUUACAUGUUGAAGGUAGAAUAGAUAUGAGUGCAGACUCUGGAGAAGGUGGUAGUGGAGGCUCCAUCUUCGUUGAGGCAAGGAAGAUAAUUGGUGAUGGUUACAUGAUUGUUAACGGUGGUCAGGGUGGUGGUGGAGGAAGAAUCGCUGCAGUUGCUACCCAUACUUACUCUUUUACUGGCACUCUGUCAGCUGAGGGUCAAACAAACUCAGGAAAAAAGGGAUCUUCUGGAACGAUAUAUCUUAAAUACCCAGGAGUAGAACAAGUCAUUAUAGAUGGAACUGGUACAGAAACUACCCCAGUUACAUCUGACAUGGACACUCUGGUCAUUGGGAAUGCCUCGGUGUCUAUUGCAGCCGAUGUUACAAUACGGAAACUUGUUACCAAGUCAGCUUACACAGUCUGUAAAUUGACAGUAGUACGUGGAACAAAUCUGUUUACCUCAACCAUAGGAAAUGCACACAGUGGGUUUAGUUGUCAGCUAGAAAUUGAAGAAGGAGGCCAUGUUACAGUUCAAGGACCUUUGUUUGUUUCUGGUGACCACUCAGUUCUCAUGUUGUCUGGAACAAUUAACUCAACCAGCCUGACUAUUGACAACCAUGGAAAGUUCACUGUGACAUCAUCUGGCAAAUUAUUGACAUCAUCCAUAAAAUUACAUGCUUGGACUGUUUCUUCAGUGGCUAUUAAUGCAGCAAUUGGCAGUGAUGAAAACAAGAUAUCCAUUGAAAAUAUUGAAAUAGGCUUUGCAGCUAAUCUUAUUUUUGCACACAGCGAACUAGAUAUUCAAUCAAAUUCAAUUAAAAUGAAUGCCACAUCUAAAUUGAUAAUAAAUGGUGCCAAAAAGAAUGUAAGCAUUUCUGCAACAAAUUUUGACCUUCAAGAUGGAGCUGUUAUCGAUGUCAGUGAGGGAGGUGAAGGCAGCCCAGCACCUGGGUCCUCUCCUGACACUAGAGGUGCCGGCUAUGGUGGGGAAGGAGGAUCAAACCAAGACUCUACAUAUGGUUCAUCUGUUGAUCCUACUGAGUUUGGAAGUGGAACACCAAAUGCCAAGGGUGGUGGAAUAAUUACAUUAAAUGUUAAAAACACAGCAGAAGUGAAUGGUGCCCUGCUUGCAAAUGGAGCAAUGUCUUCAUCUACAGGUGGUGCUAGUGGGGGAACCAUCCUUAUAAAAGCUGGUACCCUGCAAGGUCAUGGUAAACUGUCAGUAAAUGGGGGAAAAAGCUCUUCAGGAAGUGGUGGAGGAGGUGGGAGACUUGCUCUCAUUGCUACAUCAAUGUCAAAGUUCCUUGGAAAUAUUGCUGCAUUCGGUGGCAGUGGCCCAAAAUCAAAUGGAGCAGCUGGAACUAUAUAUCAGCAUUAUAAAACAUCAGGUAAUUCAGAGGUAGAGAAAGUCAUUAUUGACAACAAUGGCAUAGUAAGUGAUUCCAUGACUUAUAUAAGUGAUAUCAAUGACCUGACCGAGCUUAAUAUUAAAGGAUUUGGACAGGUGAAGUUUAGUGAGACGUAUCCAAUAAAAAUUGGAACAAUCAUUGGUGACCAUACUGGGACUAUGACAAUCUUUGCAAACCAAGCCAUUGACAUUGCUUCAUCAUAUGGAACAUUGACACCAUAUGCUUUGAUGUGCAAGCUAAUUAUCAAAGAGGGUGGGCAAGCUAAAAUUCCCCCUAAAAUUCUGUUAACUGACGAUGACACUACUGGUAGAGACUGGUAUAACCUUGAGCUAUAUGGAACUGUUUUGGCUGUUAGAGAACUUACUGUUUCCACUGGAGGGAGAGCCUUGAUUCAUUCAAAGAGCAGGUCCGGACUGUCCUCAACUGAUUUAAAACCAAUUGGAACAUUAUCUUUGAACAAAAUUGAUGUAACAACAGAUGGUCUGUUGGAGUUAAGUUUAGACAGCAUGGAAAAAUACACUGUACAAAUGAUCAAAGAAUUAAAUGUGAAAUACGGUGGAAAGGUCAUAGGUCAAAAUCUUGAUAUUAAAACACCUAUACUUGAAGUGGCAUAUGGUGGUGAGUUAAGUGUCAAUGGUGGGAACAGUGACAAAGGAACAGGAGCAGGUAAUUCUGGUACAUCUGGAUCUGGUGGCAGCCAUGGGGGUGCUGGUGGAAUAUCAGCUUCUGCAGUCAAACCAUCCUCAAAUUACACUGGUGUGAUUGUCAGUGCUACAGAGUUUGGUUCUGCUGGUGGAGAUGGAAGCACAGAAUCAGGUGGACGAGGAGGUGGCUAUAUUGAAUUGACAGUGGCUGAUUUACUGAAUAUACAUGGAACUUUGAGUGCAGAUGGAGAUAAUACCAUAAACAAUGGUGGUGGUGGCAGUGGAGGUGGAAUCAAGAUAUAUGUAAAAGGUGAUAUGGAAGGGUCUGGAAUAAUUUCUGUUAGGGGAGGAAGCUCUAAGACAGGGGGAGGAGGAGGUGGGGGCAGGAUUCAUAUUAAUGUAGAUGGAAGUUUUGAUUACCUUGGAGAUUACAGACUAUGUGGUGGAACAUCAACAUCUGGACAGGCUGGUGGCUCUGGAACAUCCUUUGUAGUAUUCAGAAAAUCUGGGAUACCUGGAUAUGUCAAAUACCUUUAUUUAGAUAAUUCUUGCUCUUCUGGUGCCACAAUGGGUGUAACAUUUAUUGAUUUACCAGGACAAUCUCUACACACACUAGAUAGCUUGCAUAUUGCUGACAAUACUGAAUUGAGGUUCACAACACCUUCUCUACAUUUCAUCGCAAGGACACUGGAAUGUGGGACAGGAAGUAAAAUUGUUGUAGACAAUCAUGUUGUGUUUAGUGCCAAUGUGUAUCAAACUUAUAGUGCUAUAGCAUGUAGCUUUGAUCUGAAACAAGAUGGAGAAUUGAGGUUACCAAAUACAGUAGAAUUGAAAGGAAAAUCAAGUACUUUGGAAGGUAUCCUGUCAAAUAUUCAGUCUUUGAUAAUCUCAGCCAAUCAACAACUGACCUUGUCACCUUAUGCAAGAACAGGUUUAUGCUGUUAUGAAAAUGGCACACAUAGAUCUCUAACUAAAAAGGGAGAAUACAGCUUCUUCAAAUUUAUUCUGAAAAAUUAUGCUCAAGUAACAUUUGAAAAAGAUCCAUCUACACUAAAGGCGAUAAAGUUUGCUGUACUAGAGUUGCAUUAUGGGUCGACCUUAAUUGGUAAAAGUCUGGAUAUAACGUCAAAUGAGAUCAUAUUACAUCCUGGAGCAAAGAUGAAGUUACAAGGAGGUGGAUACACAUCUCAGCUUGGACCUGGAGCAGGAAAAAUGGUGGACAACAUUGGUACUGGAGCCGGACAUGGUGCGCCUGGAGGAACUAGGACAACGAGUAUUAAAGGUGGGGCAUCUUAUGACAAUACCAGACUCCCUAUAGAGACUGGCAGUGGUGGUGGUAACUCAGUUAGUGGAACUGGUGGUACAGGCGGUGGAUAUCUGAAAUUGUCCCUCUUCAAACUGCUCAAAGUUGAUGGCACAAUACAAGUAGAUGGGGAAGCUGGAACAGGAUCUAACAGUGGUGGUGGAAGUGGCGGUACUAUAGAUAUAACAACACCUCUACUGAAUGGUGAUGGUGAAAUCAGAUGUAAUGGUGGGAAAGGUCAAGGUUAUGGUGGAGGUGGAGCCGGUGGUAGAAUGGUGAUAAGGGUCAAAGAAGAAAACAAUUUUAUCGGCACAAUGAAAGCAUAUGGUGGUGGCAAUGAUAAUAACAUAGAGACUGUAAAAGCUGGUCCAGGAACUAUAUAUCUGCUGGAAGGACAAGCUCCCAGACUAAACCACUCACUGAAAAUACAGGGAGAUGUUGACAGCUCUGUUCAAAAUCAAACAUUCACAUACAUCAAUGGAACAACAGCAGAAUUCCAUUAUAACUUGCUCACUCUAACAGGCUAUGCAAACAUGGUAUUUGGAUCUCCUGACACUGUCCUUAAACUAGAUGACAUGUUAGGUGACUCUACUGGAACCAUACACGUAACAGAUAAACAGGUUGUUCUGGCUGCUGUGGUUGAAGGAAUUCCAGGAACUUUCACAACAAACAUCAACUUUAUAGUGGGAGAACACGCCGUUCUACAUGUACCUCAGACAUUAAUUGUAGCUGGUGUUACCCUUGAUAUAAAAGGAACAAGUACCAUAAGUAAUAUUGUUAUUGAAAGAGGAGGAACAUUCAAAGGCUAUGUAACAACAUUUACUUCCAAUUUUGUAAAUGGUCAGUAUAACCCAACAAGUUCUCCAGGAAGUUAUGAACUAAAUUCAAUGAAGUUAAAAGCUGGAGCCAACUUCAUCUUACCGGCAGGUGGAUUUAAGAUGGUGAUAGGAACUCUAGAGUUGAAAAGAUAUGUGAUUCUGGAAGCCGACUUUGUAAAUCUGAUUGCUGCUACAAUAAUCCUUGAAAGAGGAGCAGCUUUAAGCACCAAUGGGAAAGCGGCAAGAGAUAGUCCUCUAAUACCUAGAGGAGCUCAUGGCACAGGAAAGAAUGGUGGAGGCCAUGCCUCUGCUGGUGGGGUAGCUAAUGGUGUCUCUAUUGACGCAGCAUCUGAGCCUUACGGGACAAUCUAUAAACCAUUGACUCCAGGAGCUUCAGGUGGUCAAGGUGGGGCUGGAGGUGGCUAUAUCAAAAUUUUAACAGAUGAGCUAAUACUUGGAGGAAUUUUAAGAUCCUCUGGUUUAAAUUCAGGAAGCGGGGGUGGUGGGGCUGGUGGAAGUAUUUAUGUCCAAUGUAGUGUUGCUCUGAAAGGUCUUGGUAUAAUGGAGUCCAAAGGUGGUUCAGUGACGUCAUCCAGUGCAGGGGCAGGAAGUGGUGGUCAUAUAUCAGUGGAUAUGAAAUCUGAUGAAUACCAGGGUAAAUUUAGUGCUUCUGGUGGAACUUCACCUGCAGCUCAUGGUAAUGGAGGUCCAGGCUCCAUUUAUCUCUUAUCAGGCAACUAUGGAGAAAGACUUAUUUUGGAUAAUGAAAAUGGACAGACUGACUAUUACACUACAUUAAAUGAAACUACUUUGGAUCUCAAUUUUGAUCUUGUAGAUAUUUAUAACAAUGCCAAACUUCAGUUAAAUAAAGAUGGAAAAACAAGGAAAUUGAAUGUCAUGAAAGUAAAUGGAGAUGGGACAGGUUUGAUAAGAAUUCAAGCUGAUCAAACAGGAACUCUUGAAAGGUCAAUAACUGAUACAAAAGCUAACUCUAAAUUGAGGAUCAACUUGGAACUUCAUAAUGGAGGAGAAUUCAUCAUGUCUGAAACAGUCACUAUCCUUGGUCUAGGUAAAGUUGCCCUGGACUUGAAUGGUAUUCUCAGAGGUGCCUCUAAUCUUUAUCUUGGCCCGGGAAGAAAAAUGAAAAUUGGAUCUAAAGCUAAGAUAGUGACCUUUACAGCAACUGAUCUGUCAACUAUUGAUUAUGUUAACUUUGGAACACUUCAGCUAGAGCCUGACAGUUUUGUUGAAUAUGAAUCUAACACUGGAGCUAAAAUGAGAGCAAGUAAUAUUAAUCUGAAAUUCUCUGCCAGAAUAUAUGCUGACUACUUUAACAUAACUGCAUCUAACUUGGAUCUUGAACUUGAGAGCAGUCUUAGCUGUUCAAGCCCAAACAGGCCAAAUUCCAACACCAUGGAUGUUACCACAGGGUCUGGAAAGCCAAACAAUGGUUACAAUGGAGGGGCAAGUCAUGCAGCAGUCUCUGGUGGUGAAAAAACUGUCUAUGGAACAUCAUACAACUCAUUGUAUAGACCAACAAGUGCUGGUAGCAGGGGGACUUAUAAUGUUAUAACUAAAGAAAAAACUGGAGGUAUGGGAGGGGGUUGGAUACAUACAAAGAUCGGAAACCUAUUGAUAAAUGAUGGUACCAUUUCAGCAGAUGGUGCAAAGGCUACAUCAAAUGGUGGAGGAGGUAGUGGGGGAAGUGUUCUUAUUGAAGUUUAUGAGUUUGAAGGAUAUGGAAAGAUUUCUGUCAUAGGUGGAGCAGGCUGGAGUAGCAAUGGUGCUGGAUCAGGAGGAAGGGUAGCAGUUAAUUGUACUCUUGUAAUUGAAUUUGAGGGAAACUACAUAAUGUAUGGAGGGAUUGGGGCAAAUGAUUUACAGAGUGCAGGAGGUGGCACAGUCUAUCUAGAGGAUAUUAGGUCAUCCAGAGCAUACAAGCGUCUUCUACUUGACAACCAUGGUAGACCUUGGGACAAAUAUGCAACUAUAGAUGAAAGUUUUACCUACCAUUACUUUGAUGAAAUGCAUCUUGUGAAUAAAGCUACAGUCCACAUGGUGGAAGAUAACAGGAAAUCUUUACUGGAAGUUGACAAGGUGUUUGGAGAUGGUACAGGUUUAAUUCAAGUGCAUAAAAACCAGGUCUUGAAGGCGGAAUACAGACCUUUGAUAAGAAAUGCAUUCCUUACUGCAGUAAACUUCAUUAUUGAUUAUGAAUCAGAAGUAUUUUUCCCAUCUAUAAUGUAUGUUUAUGGUGAAGGAGUCUUGAUGACUGGCCAGACUGAGUCUAGGUCUUUAGCUAUGUUUGGGAGACUGACUGGAAUAGCAGACAUGAUUCUUGGGUUUGAAACCUUGCUUUAUUUUGGAGAUCAUGCUCACACAGCAGGUAUUGAUGCAGAUACUCAGACCUAUUCAAACAUUCAGCCAGAAGGAACUGUUAUAUUCGGAACGCUUGAUUUGAGAAGUUACUCUGAGAUAAAGUAUUCCCCAGAUAAGACUGUGUUACAAAAGAUUGCUAAAAUUGAUGCAAGAUACCAGUCUAAAAUCUCAGCAGAGAGCAUUACAAUAGAAUGUGGUAUACUGAACAUAGAAGCUGGGGCUACAUUGACGUCAUCGGCUAUAUAUAGACCACAGGAUACAUUAGAUGAACAGUUGGGCAAGGGAGGAGAUUCAACUGGAGGAAAUGGUGCUACAGGUGGAGGCUAUGCUUCAAUGGGUGGAGGGUUGUACAGCAGUGAUCUGUCAGUGAUAACUGGAGGAGGAAACUAUUACGGCAGUCUGUACCUACCUAAACACAGAGGUAGUAAAGGUGGAUCUGGAGUAAACAGUCCCAGUGGCACUGGUGGAGGUGUCAUUAAACUUAAGGUGGCUACAGACCUUCUUGUAGAUGGUACAAUAUCAGUGGAUGGCUCACAUGGCAGUAUAAGUGGUAAAUCUGGUGGUGGUAGUGGUGGAACUAUUUUCAUUGAGUCGAUCAACCUUGAAGGUCAUGGUGUCAUACAAUCACAGGGUGGGGAUGGUUACAGUGGAGGAGCAGGGGGUAGAAUUGCAGUGUAUCUUGAUACACAGGUGUAUUACCAUGGAAAAUAUCAGUCUCUUGGUGGGGAUGGUAAUGGACAAUAUCUCUCACAAGGUGGACCUGGUUCUGUCUACAUACAGGAUACAAGAUAUUCUCGAAAAUAUGAACAACUUCAUAUAGACAAUAAAGGAAGGUCAUGGGAUCAUCAGUACAUACUUGAUGAAAUAGAUAAUGGCGCCUCCAAGGAUAAUUACUACUUUGACGAGAUUUAUAUAACCCGGAACGCGUCAGUUCAACUAAAAUCUGGAGACAAUUUACUGAGAAACCUAACAUGUAACAAGAUUUUCGGUGAUGCUUCAGGAAGAGUUUAUUUAAGGGCCAACCAGACAGCUUUCUUAGAAGAGUACCAGACACUGACUAAACUACCAAUUAACUUAUGGAUAGACCAAGGUGCUCGAGCGUACCUCUCACCUCUCAUCUAUAUCCUCGGCCUCGGGGAAAUAGCUCUUAAAUGGAAUGGAGAAAUGGUCAGUGUGCGUCACAUUAGGAUCAUCCCUGGACGGGUCAUUAAUAUCGAAAGACAAGCUAUGACGAGUCUAAUUGAGGAUGGUAAAUUAAUAGUUGGUAUACCAGGAGCAUUCCAAUUUGCAUCUAUGGAAUUAGGUGCCACUGCUCUGAUGGAAUUGCCUCCACCCAUGCCACUGUUGUUGACAGUUGGCAUAUUGGAUAUCAAAUACGACUCGCGAUUUAAGGCAGAUUCCUUCCAAGUUCUAGCCACAGAUUUCUACCUGGAACCUCUUGCUCAGUUUGUGUGUAUAGGGACUUCACGUGAAUCUCAAACUGGAGACUCACCAAACAUUGGUGCUGGCGCUGGACAUGCCACUGUUGGUGGUGGAUUUGGUGGUGAUCCUACAGUUGGUGGAGUUGCAUAUGGAUCUAUAUAUAAACCAAGUCAGACUGGCAGUGUGGGGGGCGGAGCUAAUGGUGGGCGUGGAGGAGGCAGAGUAAAAAUUCGGGUACCAGCUGAAUUCUUAUUGGAUGGUAAAAUUCUAGUAGAUGGAGCAAAUGGUGGAACAAGCAGUGGAGGGGGAAGUGGGGCUCAAUCUUCAUUGAAUAAGGUGUAA